ACCGGAGUCACAUCUGAACUGUUGGAGAAAGAGAAGCGUAAAUUCUCACUGUCGCACUAACGAUUAUGACGCCAAUGGCGGCGGCAGCAGCAGCAGCGGCAGUAUCAGGCGCAAAGAAAACAAUAUUGAUAACAGGAGUUAGCAGAGGUUUAGGUCGAGCCCUAGCUCUCGAGUUAGCGCUGCGAGGUCACUGCAUCAUUGGAUGUGGCCGCUCUCAAGAUUUGAUCAACUCUCUUCAACAACAACUCCACAAUUCUCCCUCUUCUUGUGACAAUUCUUCCCAUCUCCUACUCAAUGUCGAUGUGAGGUCUAAUAGUAGUGUGGAGGAACUUGCAAAGUUGGUUGCUGAGAAGAAGCGCAUUCCUGACAUUAUUGUAAAUAAUGCAGGCACCAUCAAUAAAAAUAACAACAUUUGGGAGGUUCCAGCAGAAGAGUUUGAUACUGUGAUUGAUACUAAUGUGAAAGGGGUUGCUAACAUGCUUCGUCACUUCAUCCCUCUUAUGAAUGAGAAGAAGCAUGGUAUCAUCGUUAAUCUGUCAUCUGGCUGGGGGCGAUCUGCUGCUGCUCAGGUUUCCCCUUAUUGUGCUUCAAAAUGGGCGAUUGAGGGUCUCAGUAGAGCAGUUGCAAAGGAAUUGAGUAGUGGUGUGGCAAUUGUUGCUCUUAGUCCUGGAGUGAUACAUACAGAAAUGCUCGAGUCAUGCUUUGGCAGUUCAGCAAAUGUCUACCAAAAGCCUGAUCAGUGGGCUCCGAGGGCAGCAAACAUGAUACUUAAUCUGACAGCAGCCGACAACGGUGCAUCACUGACUGUGUAAAGACUUGAGUAACAGCUAACCUAACCUGUGAUUUAUUUCCUUAACACUGUUUUUUUGUAAUAAGAUUGUAAGUUGUAACUAGUUCAUGUUAACAUCAAAGAAUUCUAUUGCUCUUUCGGUACAAUUGCAAAUUUUGGGACUUUGUGAAGUAAGAUACAACAUUAUAUCAAAUAAGAUGAUGGAUUCUUGCGUUUCAAGCAAA